AUGAACUCUCUGCCAACCAGCGACUCCAGAGGAUCAAAGUCCAUUAAAAGAAUGGCGAUAAAGCACAUCAAGCAGGCAGAGCUGAGCGACGAGAUAAAACAGAACGCGCAGUUCAGGGGAAUAGACAUAAGCGUUGUUGAGCUCAUGGGGUGGGUUGUUUCAGUCAAAGACCUCCCCAGCAAUGGAAAGAAGUUCGUGCUGAAUGACGGAACAGAGACAAUCUCCUGCACAAUGUGGAGCAACAAAAAAAUGGAGUAUCUUAAGCCAGGCGCCUUUAUCAAGGCACUGGGAAGCCUGGGCAGACACAACCAGAAUGAAAAUGAAGUGGUUUUCAGCUGUACUGCAGUCCUGCCUGUGCUUGAUGGGAACAACAUGGUGUACCAUCUUCUUAUGCGCAUAGUAGACAGCAUGAAGGCAGAGAAAGAGGACGCAGCGUACAAAACAAAAAGCAGCACACUCGAGAAUGUUCCUGCAAAGAGCCAGAAUGCGCCUGGGCACAUGGGAGACUUUGAGCAGAUACAUCUGGACAUACUCUCGUAUUUCAGUCAAAACCAGGGAGGAACAGGGCUCUCCAUUGCCAUGGUCACAAACACCCUUGCAUCAACGGGGUACUAUUCAAAGAUUGAUAUUAGCGAGGGACUGGAGUAUUUGAUAGACGCAGGAAAGCUAUUCUACUGCACAGAGGAUAGGAAGAUGCUGGCCCAUGUGGAAUAA